CUCGGCAGCGCCAUCCAGGCUGCUGGUGGCGGCAUGACCAAAGACGGAAGCAUCUCAUCACCGUCAACUGUCCGCCAACAACCCAUCCAUCGCGAGCCGCUUUUACGGACCACAUCGUAUCUAAUCGCGAUUCCCGCUCUGCAGCUUCCAAGCCUCAUUCCUCCAGCCGCGAGUGACCGCCGCGGCGCAGCCACCCAGCCCGCCUCGCACAUCACCCUGCUGCUGUAGCCAGCGGCGUCCUCCUUGCGCCGCCGCUGCUCCGACGACCAUGACGGGCUCACCAGCUCCGUAGCCUUCGGCUUCUCGUUCCGUAUCUACCUUGUCCGUGGCUACUCCCGAACGGUCGCAGUCGCAGCCGCUCCGGUUCAGCAUCGUCACACGAACCCUGUCGCAUCCCGCGACUGCCCCGCCACCAUGAAUGUCCGCCCGCCCAUCGAGACAUCCAACCCGACGGCAGUCCUGUCCGUCUCCUUCAAUAAUGACUCUAGCUGUUUCGCCGCUGGUCUUGAGUCUGGCAUAUGCAGUUCGUUCUCUUCUGCGCCUGUUGCUGUUCGUGUCCGCCCUCGCUGACGCCCGUGCGUGGUACAGUCUUUCACACAAAGUCAUGCCUGCUAAAGGCAUCAAGAGAUUUCAAUGCCGGCAUCGGACUCGUCGAGAUGAUGGGCAUGGCCAACUAUCUCGCCCUUGUAGGGGGCGGCAAGUCUCCCAAGUUUGCCAUGAACAAGGCCAUCAUCUGGGAUGACAUGAAAGGCAAGGUCGCUCUUGAAAUUGCCGCUCUUAGCUCCGUCCGUGGAGUGCAGCUGGGCCGCGAACGCAUCAUUGUCGUGCUCCAAAACAGCGUUCGUAUAUACUCCUUCGCCAAGCCCCCCACACUCCUGCACGUCUACGAGACGGCGGACAACUACCUGGGGCUAUGCUGCCUUUCCGAGAAAAAAAUCGCCUUUCCCGGCCGUACUGUCGGUCAGAUCCAGCUCGUUGACCUCGCCACCGGCAACGUCAGCAUCAUCCCAGCGCACUCCUCCGCCCUCAAGGCCAUCCAACUAAGCCCCGACGGCGAGCUUCUCGCCAGCGCCAGUGAGACGGGCACUCUCAUCCGGGUGUAUUCGACGGGAAACUGCGCGAGGGUGGCCGAGCUGCGGCGCGGCAUUGACCCUGCCACUAUCUUUUCUCUCGCCUUCUCGCCGUCCGGCGCGAUGCUGGCCUGCACUUCGGACAAGUCCACGCUCCACAUCUUCGACGUGCCCAACACCCAGCGACUGUCUGUGCACAGAAGUCAGCACAUGGGUGGUGACGGCGACACGGGAAAAUGGGGCAUCUUGGGCAGAAUACCCCUGAUGCCGCGUGUCUUCUCCGACGUGUAUUCUUUCACCUCGGCCCCGUUCGAGGCAGGCGAUGAAUCCAUGAUUGGAGGCAUCCCCUUCUCGGAAGGGACUGUACUCGGCACGACACGGGCCCCCAAGGGGGUCAUCGGCUGGAUAGCGGAGGACAGUCUCGUAAUCGUUGGCGCAGGACAGGAUGCGCGGUGGGAGAAAUUUGUGUUGGUGGACGGCGAGGAUGGAAAGCGACAUUGUGUUCGUGAAGGCUGGAAACGAUACUUAGGGAACACAUGAUGGACAUGACGUUGGAAUGAACGAAGUACACCCGGCUACAACGUAUCACAUCAUGACCUCUGCGGCGUUUGGAGCCGGCACGGGAAAGAAUGGUUUUGAUGUAUUUUCGCGUCAGAUCAUGACUGUGGUAUCACGUGAAUAUUACUUAUAUCUUGUCCUCGCGUCGACGCGGUGACCGGCUUCUACUCCGCCAUGUGUGUCUCCGCUCGUGACCACCGUCGUCCCGACGCUUCCUACGGUCAGGUUCACCUGAGCCUUGCCUGUCAUGACGUCCCC